GCUGACCCGGAGGAUUCGGAACCGGGAGCGCGGCGGCCGCGGGCGCCCGGGAGGAAGAGGUGGAGGAGAAGGAGGAGGAGGCGGCGGCGGGCAGGCGAGCGGACCAGCGGGCGGGCGGGCGGGUGCGCAGCGCGAAGAGGCAGCCUCGGCGCUGCCCGACUUGGCGGCAGCACAGGUCUGACGGGCCGGCAAUGCCCAGGGAAUAGUGCCCAGGAGUUUGCGUCACCUCGAGACACAUCUAGACGCCUCCACCAGACACUUCUCCUCCCCAGUCGGCCUGACCUGUGGCUUCGGGACACGCCCCACGGCUUCUCCUGACGUCUGCCCGAUCGACCAUCACUUCCUAGAGAACAAGGAGGAAGGCAGACGCAUGAAAUCAUGCCACUGAGGGCCAGAUGGGAGUGAGAGGGUGACGCCGAGUUGACGUCAGAGACGGAGAGGACGAACCCAAGAGUAGCUCCUUCUUGAGCCUCCCCGAGCCACCAGCCCCUGGCUCUUCCUCUUGGCACAGCGUAAAGCCUGGAUCCUCCUGGUGAACUCGACUUGGCUUGACCUAUUUUAAGUCUUCGGACCCCCGGACACUAGACGCCAUGGAGAGUCAGGUGUUCAGUGUUCAGCAGAUCCAACCCAACGUCAUUUCCGUCCGCCUCUUCAAGCGCAAGGUGGGGGGCCUGGGCUUCCUGGUGAAGGAGCGGGUGAACAAGCCACCCGUGAUCAUCUCCGACCUGAUCCGAGGGGGUGCCGCGGAGCAGAGCGGCCUCAUCCAGGCUGGCGACAUUAUCCUCGCCGUCAACGGCCAGCCCCUGGUGGACCUGAGCUAUGACAGUGCCCUGGAGGUGCUCAGGGGCAUCGCCUCUGAGACCCACGUGGUCCUCAUUCUGAGGGGCCCUGAGGGCUUCACCACUCACCUGGAGACCACUUUCACUGGGGACGGGACCCCCAAGACCAUCCGGGUGACGCGGCCCCUGGGUCUGCCCACCACAGCCGUCGAUCUCUCUCACCAGUCAUCAGCCAGCAAGGAGCACAUGCCGGCCGUGGACGGGACCAUGGGCCCUGGCAACGGCCCCCAGCAUACCCAGGACAGCAGGCAGGAAGCAGGCUCACUCUCGAACACCAACAGCCUGGCCCCCAGACCCCCAGGCCAGGACCCCACCAAGAAAAGCACUGGGGGCGCCCCCCAAGACAGCCAGAACAGUGAAUUGCUCAAAGAGAUAGAGCCUGUGCUGAGCCUUCUCACCAGUGGGAGCAAAGGGAUCAACGGAGGCGGACCCUCCAAGGCGGAGACAAAAGACGCGGAAGUCCAGGUGGACAGAGGUGUGGAUGGCAAGUCACACAAACCGCUGCCCCUUGGCGUGGAGAAUGACCGAGUCUUCAGUGACCUGUGGGGGAAGGACCAUGUGCCCGUCAUCCUCAACAACCCUUAUUCAGAGAAGGAGCAGCCCCCUGCCUCGGGAAAACAGUCUCCCACAAAGAAUGGCAGCCCCUCCAAGUGCCCCCGCUUCCUCAAGGUCAAGAACUGGGAGACUGACGUGGUUCUCACCGACACCCUUCACCUUAAGAGCACACUGGAAACAGGGUGCACCGAGCACAUCUGUAUGGGCUCUAUCAUGCUCCCUUCUCAGCAAAUACGAAGGCCUGAAGACGUCCGCACGAAAGAACAGCUCUUCCCUCUCGCCAAAGAGUUCAUUGAUCAGUACUACUCGUCAAUUAAAAGAUUUGGCUCCAAAGCGCACACAGAGAGGCUGGAAGAGGUGAACAAAGAGAUUGAAACUACGGGCACCUACCAGCUCAAAGACACGGAGCUCAUCUAUGGGGCAAAGCAUGCCUGGCGGAAUGCGUCCCGCUGCGUUGGCAGGAUCCAGUGGUCCAAGCUGCAGGUGUUUGAUGCCCGCGACUGCACCACGGCCCACGGGAUGUUCAACUACAUCUGCAACCACAUCAAGUAUGCCACCAACAAAGGGAACCUCAGGUCUGCCAUCACCAUAUUUCCGCAGAGGACCGAUGGCAAGCACGAUUUCCGGGUCUGGAACUCCCAGCUCAUCCGCUAUGCCGGCUACAAGCAGCCCGAUGGCUCUAUCCUUGGGGACCCAGCCAAUGUGGAAUUCACAGAGAUCUGCGUCCAGCAGGGCUGGAAACCCCCAAGGGGCCGCUUCGACGUCCUGCCACUCCUGCUCCAGGCCAACGGCAACGACCCCGAGUUGUUCCAGAUUCCCCCAGAGCUGGUGUUGGAAGUGCCUAUUAGGCACCCCAAGUUUGAGUGGUUCAAGGAUCUGGGCCUGAAGUGGUAUGGCCUCCCCGCUGUGUCCAACAUGCUGCUGGAGAUUGGCGGCCUGGAGUUCAGCGCCUGCCCCUUCAGUGGCUGGUACAUGGGCACGGAGAUCGGCGUCCGUGACUACUGUGACAACUCUCGAUACAACAUCCUGGAGGAAGUGGCCAAGAAGAUGAACUUGGACAUGAGGAAGACAUCCUCCCUGUGGAAGGACCAGGCGCUGGUGGAAAUCAACAUUGCUGUUCUCUAUAGCUUCCAGAGUGACAAAGUGACCAUCGUUGACCACCACUCGGCCACCGAGUCCUUCAUUAAGCACAUGGAGAAUGAAUACCGCUGCCGGGGGGGCUGCCCUGCUGACUGGGUGUGGAUUGUGCCCCCCAUGUCCGGCAGCAUCACCCCAGUCUUCCACCAGGAGAUGCUCAACUACCGGCUCACCCCCUCCUUCGAAUACCAGCCUGAGCCUUGGAACACCCACGUCUGGAAAGGUACCAAUGGGACCCCCACAAAGCGGCGAGCCAUCGGCUUCAAGAAACUGGCAGAAGCCGUCAAGUUCUCAGCCAAGCUCAUGGGGCAAGCAAUGGCCAAGAGGGUCAAGGCUACCAUCCUUUAUGCCACAGAAACGGGCAAGUCGCAGGCCUAUGCUAAAACCUUGUGUGAGAUCUUCAAACAUGCCUUUGAUGCCAAGGUGAUGUCCAUGGAAGAAUAUGACAUUGUACAUCUGGAACAUGAAACUCUCGUCCUUGUGGUUACCAGCACUUUUGGCAAUGGAGACCCCCCUGAGAAUGGGGAGAAAUUCGGCUGCGCUUUGAUGGAAAUGAGGCACCCCAACUCUGUGCACGAGGAAAGGAAGUACCCGGAACCCUUGCAUUUCUUUCCCCGUAAAGGGCCUCCCCUCCCCCAAGGUGACCCAGGAGUCCGUGGUCUGGCUGCAGCCCGUGACAGCCAGCAGAGGAGCUACAAGGUCCGAUUCAAUAGCGUUUCCUCGUAUUCUGACUCCCAUAAAUCGUCGGGUGAUGGGCCAGACCUCAGAGACAACUUCGAGAGUGCUGGACCCCUGGCAAACGUGAGGUUCUCUGUGUUUGGCCUUGGCUCCCGGGCUUACCCUCACUUCUGCGCCUUUGGACAUGCCGUGGACACCCUCUUGGAAGAGCUGGGAGGAGAGAGAAUCCUGAAGAUGAGGGAAGGGGAUGAGCUCUGUGGGCAAGAAGAGGCUUUCAGGACCUGGGCCAAGAAGGUCUUCAAGGCAGCCUGUGAUGUGUUUUGUGUGGGAGACGAUGUCAACAUCGAGAAGGCCAACAACUCCCUCAUCAGCAACGACCGCAGCUGGAAGAGGAACAAGUUCCGCCUCACCUACGUGGCCGAAGCUCCAGAACUUACACAAGGUCUAUCCAAUGUCCACAAAAAGCGGGUCUCGGCUGCUCGACUCCUCAGCCGUCAGAACCUUCAGAGCCCUAAAUCCAGCCGAUCAACCAUCUUCGUGCGUCUGCACACCAACGGGAAUCAGGAGCUGCAGUACCAGCCUGGGGACCACUUGGGCGUCUUCCCGGGCAACCGCGAGGACCUCGUGAAUGCCCUGAUCGAGCGGCUGGAGGACGCGCCCCCGGUCAACCAGCUGGUGAAGGUGGAGCUGCUGGAGGAGCGGAACACAGCUUUGGGAGUGAUCAGUAACUGGACAGAUGAGCACCGCCUCCCGCCCUGCACCAUCUUCCAGGCCUUCAAGUACUACCUGGACAUCACCACGCCCCCGACGCCGCUGCAGCUGCAGCAGUUUGCCUCCCUGGCCACCAGCGAGAAGGAGAAGCAGCGUCUGCUGGUCCUCAGCAAGGGCUUACAGGAAUACGAGGAAUGGAAAUGGGGCAAGAACCCCACCAUCGUGGAGGUGCUGGAGGAGUUCCCGUCCAUCCAGAUGCCGUCCACCCUGCUCCUGACCCAGCUGUCCCUGCUGCAGCCCCGCUACUAUUCCAUCAGCUCCUCCCCAGACAUGUACCCCGACGAGGUGCACCUCACCGUGGCCAUUGUCUCCUACCGCACCCGAGAUGGAGAAGGACCAAUUCACCACGGCGUGUGCUCCUCCUGGCUCAACCGGAUACAGGCUGACGAAGUAGUCCCGUGUUUCGUGAGAGGAGCACCCAGCUUCCACCUGCCCCGAAAUCCCCAAGUGCCCUGCAUCCUCAUUGGCCCAGGCACUGGCAUUGCCCCUUUCCGAAGCUUCUGGCAACAACGGCAAUUUGACAUCCAACACAAAGGAAUGAGCCCCUGCCCCAUGGUCCUGGUGUUCGGGUGCCGGCAAUCCAAGACAGACCACAUCUACAGAGAGGAGACUCUGCAGGCCAAGAACAAGGGGGUCUUCCGAGAACUUUACACGGCCUACUCCCGAGAGCCAGACAAACCAAAGAAGUACGUGCAGGACAUCCUGCAGGAACAGCUAGCAGAACCGGUGUACCGAGCCCUGCAGGAGCAAGGGGGCCACAUCUAUGUCUGCGGGGACGUCACCAUGGCCGCUGAUGUCCUCAAAGCCAUCCAGCGCAUCAUGACCCAGCAGGGGAAACUCUCAGCGGAGGAUGCGGGCGUGUUCAUCAGCAGACUGAGGGAUGACAACCGGUACCAUGAGGAUAUUUUCGGGGUCACCCUGCGAACAUAUGAAGUGACCAACCGCCUUAGAUCUGAAUCCAUUGCCUUCAUUGAGGAGAGCAAAAAAGACACUGAUGAGGUUUUCAGCUCCUAACUGGAUCCUCUUGCACAGAUGAAUGGCAGGGGGGCUGUCCCGUGCACCCCCGUGGAGCAGCUGCAGGUUUUCUAAGCGUGGACACUGCUGAACCUUCCCUCCGGGACCCCGCGUGGCCCCUGCUGUCCCUCUCAUCCUGUCGCUGUGGUUUUUCCUCUUCUGGGUCCUUGCCCCUCGGUGGUUUCCUUGGCCCUCUUGGGUUUUCUCCUUGAGUUGUCCUGCUACAAUGCAAUGCCUUUAUAAUCCACAGUGGCUCUUACAAAACUGUUUCCCCCUCCCUCUCUUCCCGAGGAGGGCAGAUCCCCGGCGCAUGACAUCACUGGAACGUGGCCGUGGCUCUGGGGUUCCCCCGGAGAGGCUCCAGGGACUGGUCAGGAGGGUCUUCUGAGCCAGUCUCUCUGCUGCUGAAGCCCCCCCUUGUCCUUUUUUAUGAUGACGUCCUGGUCGUGUGUGUGUGUGUGUGUGUGUGUGUGUGUGUCUGUGUAUGUGUGUGUGUGCACAUGCAUGCACAUGUGGGACAGGCCUGGGUCUCCAUCUGUCCCCUUGCCUGUGGCAGCGUGUGGCCUGCAGACUUUCAGUGCCAAGAACCGUGCCCUGGUUCUCCACACGUCCGUAAUUUCUGUCUAUGCUCACAUCCCUGAAACACUGGGAGGCACCCUCAUUGUCCUGGUUACAAAGGGCAGGGAGAAGCAAGUGUGAUGAUUAAGGGGGGGUGCUCCGUUAAAAAGGGGCUCACAGAAUCGGUUGCAUUUAGAUUCUGGUACCAGUUAGUGGAGCCCUCCCUGGGAAACUAACCCGUCUUGUGGAUUAAACACACCUCCUCCCCAGCCCAACCCCCCACCCCAGACAGGAUCACCUGAUUUGGCCCUCCCCGGACCAUCCCAUCCACAAGAGGGGGAAGUAAUGUCCCAGGGAGUAUGGGGAAGUAAGAAUCAUCCUGUCUUUGCCACCGGGUGACUUUGGGCAAGUUCCUUGUCCUCAGUUUCCUUUUAUAAUUUAUGAAGUGAAAAAAGAUUGAAUAGAUCAGCCUUUAGAGUGGUAGAGACUGGAAACAAUUUCAAGGAAGAAUAUCACUGCUAUUUUUUUAUUGCCCCAAAUAGGGCUGGCCCUUCCACCCCGGGAAGGAAAUAACAGAAGGCCCUUAAAGCAGAUAAGUGUGAGAGGGAAGACAUCAUGAGGCAUCACGCGGCUUCCUCCCCAGGACCACCACAGGGCAUGGCCUGGCCCUCAUACUCCUGGCCUUCUAAAAGCAAUCUCCCAAGUUCCUAGCCUGACAAAAUAAUUCUGCCAAAGAAAUGAACCUUGACUCCGAUCAAAAGUGGGCAACACAAUCUUCAGUGGGAAUCAGGGUCAGUUUAGUUUCCCCCCUCCCCCAACCCUAGGAGGUAAAGUGCUGUGCCCACCAUCAGGAUGAAUGGGCUGGGAGCCCCCGCCCCCCGCAAGUGCUCAAAAUCAGUGGAAGGCCUGGAGAGAGCCAAGAAAUUGCUGGAGGUUGGAGGGGAAGCCUUCUGCGGGUGGGCUGUUCUGUUUUGUUGUUUUAUGUUUUGUUGCCCAGAGAGAGAGCUCCGCCUUUCUGUAGGGCACAAUGGGUAUUUCUUGAUGCUGUUUGGGGAGGCUGCCAAAGAGAAAGUGCCCUGGCCCUUUCUGGAAGAGCCUUAGGACGUGGAGUGCCAAAGAGAUGUCCUCAGGAAGGGACAACCUCCGAGAUUCUUAAAGGCAAAAGGCACACUGGCCCUCGCCUUUCUCCAGCCUCCACGGCAGCCCCCCUCCCUCUGGGGUCCCAUCCCCCUGCAUGCGGAGCUGGGCUGCCUCCAGUUACCACCUCCCAGCCUUCCUUUAAUCCUGUUUCCUCUGGCUGGGGCUUCCAUGGCAAGGAGACCAAGCCUGGGCACUCAGCGUGCUACCCUACUCUGCCAAUCUGGAACUCCAGACGCCCAUUUUAUACACGAUUCUGGCUCCUAGCAGCUUCCCCCACGGGGGCUUUCUUUCAACCCUUUUGAGCCCUUUAGAGACACUUGCUAAGAGGGCCCUUGCUCCCCAGACCCUGAACUGCAGUGUCCAGCCUCACUCGGGGAGGAACGUAUCCGUGCUUCCCUCUCCAGACAACCUCUGCCUGUGAGUGCUUUUCCAUCCCCGAAGAGUGCUCCUGUGCACUUCCUGUGUGCCGGGCACCUCCGUCAUGCACCCCUCCCCUCCAGUAGCAGGCUCGCAGAUGGAAGCAUCAUCUCCUUGCACCCAGGAGUCCAAAGCAGUGAUCCCAGAAUCGGAGUGCAUCCUUUCUUCCCAAGAAAGAUUUUUGUUUUUAAAAGAAAUGCCUUUCAACACCCAACACUGGCUGCCUCAGGACUCCCUGAUAGAAGACUGGAGGCUGGCCUGAUGUGUUUCUCUCAUUUGCCAGAAUCCCUGUUCUGAAAAACCUCCCUGUAAGGAGCCUUUGAAGAGGUAGAGUGUGGAGUCCUGAUUUAGGGUUUGGCUCUGAUGCAGGGUGGGUAAAUGCUGCCCUCUUGUGGUGGUUUUUUAUUUCGGUCCCAGUAGCCCAAACCCAGGUGCAAAAUUUGGUUUCACAAUAGGUGAGCAGAAAAGUAAGAUUGAUUGGGCAUUUGGGAGUUACCUAGAUUACAGACCUUGGACUGCCCUGCAGUGGCUCCAACCUCAUUUAACAAAAGGGAGCUUGGCCAGGAGUAAGGAGACCUCCCCCUCCGCAGAAGCUGACAUGGCUAUGCCCCCCCCCCCCAUUCAUCACUGUGAAUCCAGAGCCAGCACCUUGUGUUAGGAAAGAAGCAGAGCUAAUUAAACUCCCUGAGCGGAGGAGUCUUUUCCCGCAUAACUUCUAUGGAGGGAGACAGGGAGACAGCCAGCUAUCCUUCGGUUCAGGGAAAUGCUUCACACCCACCAAAAUGGAGCCUUUGUAAGCAGCCUGAGUUCCAAUGCUAACUCUUCCCCCUCCCCCGUUUCCACGGACAUCCCUGGGCUGGUGAUGUACCCUUUCUGAGUCUAUAUAUCCACUUAUAUAGCAAAGUGAGUUAAAUGAGAUAAUGCCCAUAAAACAACCACUUAUGGUACCUGGCCCAUUGAAGCUUUCAAAUUUCAUUUUUCCACUUCACUAAUAACUAUGCAGAAGGUACAAGGGAGAAUACGGAGCCCAGAACAGUUUUGGUUUGUAGGCAAUGAGAAUCUCGGUAUGUAGACACACAACUCGUAGACUGGAUAUAAAUGUCUGGGGUUUGAGAAAUGAGUGGAUCCCACCGCAGGUUUGGGGAGAUCAGAUUUCCGGGAAGGAGGAAGCGUGAGAGGAAAGACACAGAAGGGAGCACUUUGCUUCUGGCACAGCUUUGGAAGAUGCUGAGCCAGAUGCUGGGCAGGUGAGCCGGGAGCAGGUGUUAGGGACAGAAGAGCACAUGUCCAGGAAUUUAGAUUAAUUGGAAGGCGGCAGGGCAUCCCUGGGAAUGUUUUUCAAAUGGGAAAAAUAAAGUCAUUGGACUUGGGCUUGGGAAAGAAUGUUCCGGCUGCAGGACAGAGUGUGGACGUGGACAGCUGGUCUGUUGAACCAGCCGCAGUUAUUAAAUCAGGACCUGAAGACCUCGCUGCUGGGGAGGAGAAAGUCAGAAGUCUUAUCUCUAGGCUAAGAAAGGAAAGUCCGGGGGGAGGGGGAGGCACCAAACAGCCUGGAGGGAAAGAGGAGUUUGCUGUUGUUGAUAUGAUAAGCCAGCUUCUCCCUGAGCCAACAGGGUGCAUCCUUCCAAGUCCAGCCAGGCCUAGAUGCACGGAAAGAAAACUGACCCCAGGCCAACUAGACAUUGGCCUUAGAACAAAGGAUUUUCUUGCCAAGCACAUUCUCAACAGCCACCUGCUUUAGACUUCCAAAAGGAGGUCAGGUUUUGCCCUAAGUCCAAAACAAGUGAGAUUUUUCUGACCCAGAUCACUGGCAAACCGUCCCUCUGCCAAGAUGAGCGAGCCAGAUGUCUGGGCCGGUUCACCCCUGGAGCUCUGGCCAUUCAUGCCGUUGGGAAAACUAUGGGGUUAAGCUUCUGUGUGAAGCUUAACCCCAUAUUAACCUUGUAUAUUUGCAUCUCCACUGCCUUGACCUCCAGCAUGUCACCGUGCCCACCUAACCCACAAAGCCUUCCGUCUGAAUUGGCAAGGUAAUCUGAGAUGGCCUACAGGUGACAAGGAGAAAGAAAUCUUCAUCUGGGCGUCCUAUAGGGCUUAUCCAUACACCUUGAUGUUUCCCAACCCUUGUAAAGUUUCGUGCAUCCAAAUGUCCUGUUUGGCUCAAGAAUGAAAGGAUGGAGGAAGACAGAUCUGAGAAUCCCUGCUCCCCCACCCCACCCCCGGAACUCAACACAGAUGGUCUCCAUGAACCUGAAUCUGACCCUUUGGGGCUGACACCAGCCUGGUCUCUGCCCUUUCUAUCAUAUGUUCCCUGUCCUCAAUCCACUCCCAGUCCCCACCUCAGGUGACAAAGGCUGCCUCUUCCCAAAAGAUGACCUGCAUGGGGACCUAGGUUAACUCUCACCCUGGAACAUGGGUCUUGGGGCUCUCCUUGAUUACUGUUUGUCAGAGCCACGUGCAAUCGUGCAAGGGAGGCGGUCUGGGGUCAACAUGCCUUAGUUUGUUUUUGAGUGUGUUUUGUCCUGGAAGAUCUGAAUAGCUCUGAACAAGCAAGGCGUGUCUGUCUGGUCCAGGACAGAGACUGUUCUUAAUGAGGUGUUCCUGGCAGGGAGGAGCAAAGCUGCCUGCAGAUGCUGCUUUCCAUAGUCUUCUAGAAAAUGACUCCAGGAUGUCCAAGUGCCCAGACUCGGCUCCGGUUCAGGGUCAGCCAACCUCAGCACUAUUGGUAUUUGGGGCUGGAGAAUUCUUUGUGGUGGAGGCUGUUCUGGGGACAUCUCUGGCCUCCACCCACCAGAAGCCAGCAGCAGUCCCUCCCCACCGUACCCCCACCACUGUGACAUGUCCCCUGGGAGCAAAAGAAUCUAUCCUGGCUGCCCCAGGCCUUUCGAUCCUGGACCCUCUGGUAUCAGCAGAGCAGCCCUCGGGUGACAGCUGUGUUUCUGUUAUUGGAGAAGGUUUCAGGGGCUGGGGAUGAUGAAAAUGUUGUUUCACAAAUUUCCUCCCAAGACGGAAAGGAUGAUAGUCCCAUUUUGGUAAGAUGCUGUGCCCUUGGCAUCGCUCUAAUUAUGACCCAUGGAGACCCGAUGCCGUGCACCCCGCCUUGCUCUGUUUUCCUUGUGUUGUGCUAUCUUGUGAUCGUAGGAUCCACUCUGGGCUCAGCAGUGAUUUCCCAGAAGGGAGAGAGAGAGAAGGAGAACGCAGUUGGCCAUCCCUCCUUGCUGUGCCAGUGGGUUUCCAUUCAGGGCUGAGGAGGUGGGGAGGUGGGCAGAGCAGCUGUCACAUGUCAACACACAUACACACACACACACACACGCAGAGUCAGAAAUUCGGACGUCCCCCUACCUCUGAGCUCUCAAUGCUGCUAAUGUCCGCCCAGUGUCCCGUGCACUCCAGCACCUUCCUCCAAGGACCGUCACCCGCCCCACGCUCCUCGCGAGGUUGUCCAAGCUGUGUUCAUCGCAUGCUCUCCUUCUGCCUUGUCCUCCUCUUCUAACUCGAUGGAAUUCAACAAAAGUCUACUUAUGCCUGUUUGCAUUAUGGUUAAAAUAUUAAAAAGUGGAGUUGACUUCA